AUCGACCCGUUUCCUGGCAACGAAACAGGAAAAUGGCGACCACGGGCGGCAACGCGGGCAGCCAGUACAAGGGCCCAUUGAAAAAUGGGAGGUAAGCAUUAAACUAAGCGACCACCUCUAUGUCAUUUGCCUGUGAACUGGUUCUGCAGAAUGGAGGGGAGGGCAGAAUAUGUGUUUCCCUCGGGAACCAAGUAUAUCGGAAACAUGGAAGAUGGAAUGUUCCACGGUAGAGGCACCCUCUACUUUCCCAACGGAGGCAAGUUUGAGGCAGAGUGGGAGAGAGGGAGAGCCGUAGGGUCCAGCGGUUCCGGUGGGCAGUUAACCUUUAGAGAUGGGCUGCAGUACCAGGAGACCGACUGGAGAUACUGCGACAGAAUCGACCGCAGGUUCUGGACUGAGAUCUGCCACGGGAUCAAACCAGCAGGUCGCACCCAGCUAACGGACCGGAGGCCAGAGGUGGAGAUCCCACUGGGAUGGUAUGACUGUGGAGACGGGCUCUACAACCCUCAGAACAGAAUGGUCUACUCCCACAACAUGACCUUCCUCAGAAAUGCAGAUAUUGAUGAACACGAGUGGAUAGUCGGGACGUGUCGGAAAGGUGUGACACCAGAGGAACAGUUCAACCACUAGAAAAACAACACAAUACGCUUUAUGAUAUGUUUGUCAUACUCAUAUAAUUGGUUGUUGGGUCCUCAUUAUAAGCUCAACUAGUUCGAGUCUAUCCUGCAGAAUCUGACUAGUUCGAGGAAGAGAAGAGGG